AUGGAAAAAGUAAACUAUGGGGAAUGCUCAAUCAGACAGGAACAUAAACAUGUAUGGGAGGGGUUAGGGAGGCUUAAUGUUCCUAACUCUACCAAGCAGUUUGUGUGGAGAGCACUGAAUAAUAUAUUGCCUACAAAGAAGAGCUUGGCCCAGAAGAAUGUUGUUGAGGUUGCCACAUGCCAAACUUAUGGUAUGGAGGAAGAAACAGUAUGUCAUGUCCUUUGGACCUAUCCAGCUACAAGUGAUGUAUGGGCAGAAAGUCAGAGUGGUCUACAGAAGUGGACAUGUGAAGAGAAGGAGUUCUUUUAUAUUUGGGCUGAGAUGCAGUCAAAGUUGCAGAAGACAAAAGUAGAAGAGGUUGCCAUGAUCUUGAAAGGCUUAUGGUGCAGAAGAAAUAGGAUGGUAUUUGAAGGCAAGUUCGAUAGCCCAAGUAAGGUGAUUGUUGCUGCUAUAUCAGGUCUCAAGUGUUUUCAAGAAUCUAGACUUGAGGGGAACCAAACCAAGGGGGUAAACAUCCAAAGAAGGAAAGAUACAAAGUGGAAGCCACCAGAUGAAGGUGUAACAAAGGUAAAUUUCGAUGUUGCUAUUGAUAAACCGAAUAACAAAGUGGGGUUGGGUAUAGUAGCAAGGAAUUAUGAGGGAGAGCUUUUAUUCUCAUUAUGUGCCUCAAAGAUGUUUAGUGGAAGUUCAGAUUUGGCUGAAGCUAUUACCUUAUGGAGAGCUAUGGAUCUAGUUGUGGAACUAGAUGGUCGAAAUGUGGUUUUUGAAGGUGAUGCUAAAAGGGUAAUAAAAGGGGUAGCAGGGAAGGGAAUCAUAUGUGCUUCGAUGACUCAGCUUUUUGAGGAGAUGCGAAGCAGGCUGGUUCAUAGGCAAGAUUGGUCUGUGGAACUCAUUUAUAGGGAAGGCAAUAGUGUGGCUCAUGAACUUGCUAAGAGGGCGUUGAGAAUUGAAGGGGAAUGCUGCUGGAUUGAAGAGGGACCUAUAGAGAUUGUUGAUAUUGUUAAGCGAGAAAUGCUUUGUAAUAAUUUACAGCAACAUCUUGUGGGUGACAGAGUGUAA